UAAAAACCAAGGUCGCAUUCUUAAGAUUCAUAUUCUUAUUCGCAUUCGUAAGAUUUUGAAUCAUUGUGGAUGUGAAUGGAGCAGGAAGAAAAUGUUAUGACUAACGCUCUCACUUGCUCAGCAUUGGCGCGAUGGCGCUCUUUUCUAAUUGAUUUGGAAAAGAGAAUUGUGAUUCAUCGUGUGAGGUUGGGACAGAAAAUUUUAACUGGUCCAAAGUGUACCAUGGUAUCUUUUGCAAGAAAAUUAAAUUCUCAAAUUUCACCAAGAAGAGGCCAUUUGAUUAUUGUUGAAGGAAAUAUUGGUGUUGGCAAGACAAGUCUAACACAUCAGCUUGGCGAAAAGUUGAACUGUCAUGUUUUUCCUGAACCGAUCAGAAACCCUUAUCUUUUGAAAUUUUAUGAGGAACCCAAAAAAUAUGCAUUGAAAAUGCAAAUGUGGUUGUUCAGGCAAAGAUGUAUGAUGUACUUGGAAGGUGUUAAACAUGCAGUUGAGUCAGGACAAAGUGUUUUAUUUGAUCGCUCAUUAUUCAGUGAUUAUGUAUUUGCUACUGUUUGUCAUGGCGAUGGUAGCAUAUCAGAUAAAGGAUAUCAGCACUACUGCAAUUUAAGGCAUCAAGUUCUGCAAUUGGUUCCAUUUCCAGAAUUGGUUAUUUACCUGGAUGUUAGCCCUGAAGAAUGCCAUAAGAGAAUUAUGGACAGAGGAAGGAGUUUUGAAAUGAAUAUUCCCAUCCAGUAUCUGAUUAAUCUACACAGCCAGUAUGGAAAAUUGUUAGAUGAAUUGAAAGAUAAUGGCACUAGAAUUAUGAAAUACGAUUGGGCAAACUUUGGAUAUUCGUCAGAGGUUGACAAAGAUAUUAAAGAGUUGAAAAUUGAAAAAACUCCUCUGGUAGAAAGAAAUUAUGACGAAAUCCAUGAAAAAGUAAAGGAUAUUUUUGACUCAGAUCACAAAUUGGACAUGGAUCCUCUUGGUGAUGUCGAAGAUGUACUAAAAGAUCAUGAAAUCCAAAAGGAAGAGAGAAAAUCUCAUCAUUUAGAGUCAGAAUUUACUUCUACAGAGAGAAAAUCGUGAUUUUUGUUGUAAUUCCCGUUACUUUUGUAGUAACCACAGAACCAUGCAGCCCAAUGCAGAGAAGAAAAACUUCAUCCUUUAUAUUUCAUAUUGUGAACGGCUAAAUUUAAAUUUUGAUACUAUGUCUUUAAAACACAUUUCUUCGAUAAGUCUUAAAUGUUGUGUACAAAUGUUGUUAAUAAUUCUUUAUUGUGUAAUUGUGUUAUGUCUUAAAUAUAUCUUUAAUAGUUUAUGCAUAUAAGUAUGUAUCUAUCUUGUCUUUAUAUUCUUCAUUAGGACAUACAUACUUUAAAUGAUGUUGAUAAUGUUGAUAUUUUAGCUAUAAACCUUUACUAAUCACGAGCGAAGAUUAUACGAAGAAAGCGA